GAGGGAGUCAUGCAUGCAACAAAGGUCGGCGUGUCGUCGGUGUAGAGGGCAUAAUCAGUUCAACUCUGAAAUUGGAGAAGUUUCCAAUCAAUAAAACGCCUCUUAUACUCGUGCCCGUGUAUACCAUUAAAGUAAAUUAAAUCUAGACGUCCUUUUAAACUAUAUCAUUUUGAGAGUGCGCUCUUUAAAUUGAAUUUUAAAUGCUACAACAAGCAGGUGACAUAAACUAAUAAAUAAUUGGUUUCUGUAAUUUUUAUUUAAAAAUUGCUUUCAAAAAAUAAUUUCAAUUCAGCAAAUUAAUAUUUAUAAUUCUUACGUCAUGAUUUAUUUCUUAUUUCCCGACGGUUCUGAAAAAGGGAUAAACACACGUUAAUGUACACAUCAUUUAUCUAUAGAUUUGAGACAGAGAUAGCGUACACACGCCAGGCUGUGAAUGAAUGUGAUAACAGGAAGACUUUCAGAAUUCUAAAUCUUUUUGGAAGAGUAUCCACUUGGGCCCGGGGACAAAAACCAUAGAAUUCACAACGUCCAGGGAGAUAGAGAGGGAGAGAGAUUCGUGUAUUCUUCUAUGUGCAUAUUCGUUGUUGUUUUUCUUUUUCUUUCUUUUAUUUUUUUCUUUUUUCUUUUUUUUUAUUUUUUAUUGGUAAUUAUGGUUUGGUUUAAUUUUUUUCUCUUAGACAUUUGGUUUUUUUUUUUACUGAAUGUUAGUAUAUUUUGAAUGAAAUGAAAUGAGAAUGAGGAUCUGUAAAUCAUCCACACCUGCAAAAAAAUACGUGUAUCUAAAAUCUUCAACAUUAAAAAUAUGCACGUACUAAUCAAAAUAGUUUUAAAAUCCAAUACCAUGGGUUAAUGACUGUAAUUGGCAAAUAGUUUGAUAGUUAAUAAAUCUCCUCGUUGAGAGUGUUAAUCUUGGCGGGACCAUUUCCUGCGAGACAAUGUUCAAUGGAGCCAUUUUAGCGGAACACCUGUUGCUUAUUGACAGAAAGUUCACUUUUGGACUCUUAGUAACAGAGUGAACAAUGGCGACGUCUGUUAAAUAAGUUCAGUGUGGUAACGUAAUGGUACUUGUCAGCCCCACUUAGGUAAGUCUGUGGCGAUCUAAAUUCUUAGUAGCUCUGAAUAUCGAAAGUUUGAUGUAUGAGGGGUGUGACUAAUGUUGUAGAUAGUUUAUAUUCCUCUCUUUUUUUUUCUAUCUCUUUCAUUUCAGAAAUAAACCUACACAUCAAAAUCGCUACACGUCACUUAAACUAAUAUUGAGUCUUUAAAAUCUUUACGAUAGAUCCUUUUUAUAAUACAGCGGUAUGUAAGAGCUGACGGAGAUUUGUAAUCCUCUUAUUAAAACUUCUCAAUCUGGAUAACAUGAACAUAUUAAAACCCUGCUUUAUAAGAAUUUCAUGACAAAGAAAAACUGGGGCUUAUAUGCAUACAUGCGUCCAGCAUUGUUUGAUUUCUUAUUUCUCUUUCGAUUCUAAAAAUGAAAAGAAUUUGAUUUUUCAAAACAAGCCCGAAUAAUUUGUUUACACCUUCUAAAGUCUUGAAAAUGCCUACAGAUCAACAAGGGAUUGUGUUAAAAUUUCAGCAUUUGCUCGGACUUUAUAUGAGGUGUGUGUUUAAAAGUAAACUUUUGUAUAAUUGAUUUUGAUAUUCAACAUCAUUUCUUUUUAGAUAAGAUUUGAGGUGAUACUCGUGUUUUCUUGAUUUCUGAAAGUGGAAAUAAAUUCAACGGGUGACAGGAAUGUGAUGGAGAAGCGACCACGUUAGACAUUGGGGAGAUUAAACUAUUUUGUCAUGCCACUCCAGACUGGACUAGCGUUCCACCGGAAACGACAGACGCUAGAAAAUCUUUCUCUAGAACGUCCGCAGAAUCUCCAAAGUUUCUAUGAAGCCGUGGAAGAAGCACUGAAGAAGAUUGAAAACCAUCUGCGCUUUGUGGAGCUAGAGUAUUACGGAGCGGACAGAUCACCGGACGAGGAAAUCAAGUUCUGGCUUCCGGCAUUAACGAUAGUGAUGGGGCAUGCAAAGACGGGGAUUCUUGUUUCCAAGCAGCAACUUAAAGACGUAUUUGAUUUGUAUGAAAGGUCAAUUGGUGACCCAACGAUGGUGGUAAAGCUAGAUAAAGAAGCCGUCCAGACGACCUUAGAGGUCAUGAAUAAGGUGGAGUUAUAUAUUCGACAGAAAUUCAAAGAUAUAAUGAAUGGGAUUUUACUUGUCUUAGGAUUCAUGAAGAAGUAUUGUCUAAGUUUCUGUGGUAUCGUUGGUGACAAUUACCUCGAAACUGCUACAAAUUACGAAAAGCAACGACGCGAACUUGCUGAGGCAAUAAAAAUCAACCUGGACGACAUCCCCGUAAUGAUGGAUAAGUUUGAAAAUGACGGUUUACGAAUUUCAGAGUUAGGAUCUGUACCUAGAAGAAUAGCGGAACGUGUGCAAUGUGGUCAUAUUCCAUUUCUAGUGAUGUUCUCGGGAGCGUGCGAGAACAUUAGAAAUGCCUGUAUAGGGGUUCGGAAGUGGAUUCAGGCAGACGACGGAUACGCAACAUUCAUCCAAUUCGAUAUCACAGACUUAGAAAAGAAGAAAGAAACUUGCGGCAAAUUGUUGAGAGAUUUACAAGUUCGAGUUUCGCAUUUAGACCAUCGACUUAAAGUUUGCAAGCGUGAUAUCCAAGAAUGCGUAAGUGAGUUAAAGAGAGUGGCAGCGAAGGAGAAGAGCCUCAGACGCCAGGAAGAGCAAUUUAGGGAAGAUCUCCAUGAUCUGGCGAUGGAAAUGGAAAUCAAAGAACUUCAGAAAGAUGAAGCGCGAAAGGAGUUCACCGACUCUACACAAAAGGAGAGGGAGAAGGUGGAAAAAAUCACGUCCGAAAUCGAACAAUUGAAACUUAAGAGACCCAUUCUAGAGAGGAAAUCCGACGAUGUGAAACGUAAGUUAGAAUUCAUGAAAUUUCGAAGGGAACUGAAAAAUAAGAGGGAGGAUCAAUUACGCGAGAUUAAAGAGGAACUACGUGAGGGUAAACGAGAACUCAGGAGAACGGAAGUGGAAUGUGAAAGACUGGAGAAAAAUAUACUGAAAUUGAGAGAAGUACAUCGUUUUAAAACCAGUCCAGAGGUUCUGAAGAAACUGUUUUACAACAUGCCCCUUACCAAUAAAGGAGCUGGUGGUGGGGGCGGGAGAAAGAAGAGGGGGUCCAUCAUAGCAAUUCCUGAUUUGCCUUUUGCAGACCAUGAUAAAUUAGAGAAGGCGACGAGAGUGACAGCAGUUAAUAUCGACAAAGACUGGAUCACCCUGUACCGUGCUCUACCCUUCCAUCCCCCUCGGGGAGAAGAGAACCUCCGCCAGGAUAUUGAAGACAUCACCAAUACAUUUCUUAGAGAUACAGUGGAGGUCCAUGCCAAGCAGGCCCUCUACCGAUGGCGCCGUGUGCAUACUCGCGCAAGCGUUGAUGACCUAAAGAAAACUUUGAUUUCAAUCAAGCGGAAAGAGAUAGCAGAUAAAGUUGAGGACGAACUAGCAAAGAAGAAAACAGUCAAACCAAAACCUCAACAAACGGUACGAUUUCCCAAGGUGCUUGUUCAGACUCAACAGGUGCGCGUUCGUCAUGGCUUGUCUGACGCCGUUAAAUGAGUGAUUCAUGAGUCCCAGGCUUGUUUUGUUUUGUAAAUUAUGUUGGAUAUUCUAGAACAUGUUUGAAUUAAAGUGAAUGGUAAGAAGUA